UGUUUUGAUUAGACAAUUAAUCGACAUCAGAAAUGAAGUAUAAGAUUCAAAGAAUCAUACAUAGAGACACAAUAACUAAAAGACAACCAAAAAAAGAAGUUUAAAUAUGGAUCAUUCACUUUGUAAAGUAAAAACAAAUGCGUCAUCCUUAAAAAUGAAACUGAAACUUAACGCCAUGUUUUACUGUCUUUUUUCUCUAAACGCCAUAUUCGAUUUUACGAAUCAGGAGGAAGAUUACGGAGAAAGAAGAAAGUGUCGAAUUAAAUAACGCAGUGAGUACGCAGGGCGAUAGGAAGAGGAGCGAAUGUGGAAGGGAGCGUGGAGUUCGGAGUGGGGAUGCCAGGCUGUAAUCUAAACAUUUUGAAGUGGACGUUUUGUAAAAUGGCGGAUUAUAACUAAACAGGACUUGGCCCUUAGCACAUAUUACGAAUCCGAGGCCGUCUGAAAAUAUCUUUCAGUUUAAACCAUUUUACUAACUGCAAUUCGAAAAAGUUGAUCGGCCUUUUAUGGUGUGUGUAGCCUACAUGUAGCCUAUAUAUUUAUGGCUCCUAAAAUGCGAUACAUGCGAACGGACCAGGCACACCCAAAAUACUCGGACAAUGCCUCUCACACUUUGAUGACAGUUGCCGUUCAGAGUGUGACAUCAGGCUACAGUAGUAGAUGAACCAACUGUGAAGUUCACAGAACAACAUACAACAGCAAGACUCGUGACGAAGUGGUGCUGUCUUUAAAAUGAGUGUCUCCCGGAAGCGCAAAAGGAGGAACACAGACUCUGAAAUGAGUCUCCCUGGGGAGCCUGAGGCUGACGCUGAAACUGACAGCCGUUGUAGCAAGAGGAUCCAACUGCAGAGAAAAGGGUCACCUACACCCAGCUACCUGUCAGUGAAGAGUAACAGAUCAAUGGAUCUUCCUAUUAAAUUAGGUGGUGAGGUCAUAAAAGACCCAAGCAUCCAGCAGGAGAGAGCAGGGUCACCUACACCCAGCUGUGUGUCAAUGAAGAGUGACCGGUCAAUGGAUAUUCCUCUCAAAUUAAGAGGAGAUGUUACAGAUGUUCCCAGGGUCUGUUCUGAGAAGGGAGGACAGGCCAUGGAAUUUACAACAAAGUCACUUCGUCGCACACUGAAGAAGUUGGACAAGGAUUCGUUGGAACAGUUUAAGAAAUGUCUGAGUCAGGAUUGCCCAGAGUGCUUAGAGAGCCGGCUGGAGGACCAUGAGGUGCUGGAUGUUGUUGAGAAGAUGCUGGAGAGCUGUGGCACAGAGAGGGGUGUGAAGAUCACACUGCACAUCCUGAGAAACAUGAACCAGAAGGAUCUUGCUUACUCACUGGAGAACGACCACCAGAGGAAUGAAUCCAUAAUAAGAGCCCAAAACACGCUGAAAGCUAAUCUGAAGAAGAGGUUUGAAUGCAUAUUUGAAGGAUUAGCAAAGCAGGGCCAUGCAACCCUCCUCAAAGAGAUCUACACAGAGCUCUACAUCACAGAGGGGGGAAAUGGGGAAGUCAAUUACGAACAUGAAGUGAGACUGAUUGAGACAAUGUCCAAAAGACAUGCCACGCAAGAGACAAAAAUCCUCUGCAAUGACAUUUUUAAACUUUUACCUGGGCAAAGAAAGACGAUCAGAGCAGUGCUGACAAAAGGGAUCGCUGGCAUUGGAAAAACUGUCUCUGUGCAGAAGUUCAUUCUCGACUGGGCAGAAGGAACAGCCAAUCAAGAAGUUAAUUACCUAUUUACUCUUCCUUUUCGAGAUCUGAAUUUGAAAAAGGGGGGGAAAUUCAGUCUGAUGCAAUUACUCCAGCACUGCUCUCCAGACGUGAGAGAGAUUGAUGUUGAAAUUAAUGAAGUCAAAGUUGUACUCAUCCUUGAUGGUCUGGAUGAGUGUCGGCUUCAUCUUGAUUUCCAGAACAAUGAGAUGUGCUGUGAUGUAACACAGUCAACAUCAGUAGAGGUGCUCCUGACAAACCUCAUCAAGGGGAACCUGCUUCCUUCUGCUCUCCUUUGGAUCACCACCCGUCCAGCAACAGCCAGUCAGAUCCCUCUUGAGUAUAUCCACCGGGUGACAGAGGUACGGGGGUUCAAGGACACACAGAAAGAGGAGUACUUCAGGAAGAGAAUCACGGAUCAGAAUCUGGCCAGUAGAAUUAUCUCACACAUAAAGUCUUGCAAGAGUCUGUACAUCAUGUGUCACAUACCAGUCUUCUGUUGGAUUGCUUCUACUGUUCUGGAGAGAAUGCUGAGUGAAUCAGACAGUGGAGAAAUCCCCAAAACUCUGACUGAAAUGUACACACACUUCCUGCUCAUUCAGACUAAUGUGAAGAAUCAGAAGUAUCGUGAUACCAAUGAGACAAACCCAACGAAGAUUCCAGAGUCAGAUGCAGAAAUGAUCUUAAAACUGGGGAAGCUGGCUUUUCAACAGCUGCAAAAGGGCAAUCUGAUAUUCUAUGAGGAGGACUUGAGGGAUGCUGGCAUGGAUGUCAGUGAGGCCUCAGUGUACUCUGGGGUGUGCACAGAAAUCUUCAAAGAGGAUUCGGGGUUGUAUCAGGAGAAAGUCUACUGCUUUGUGCAUUUGAGCAUUCAGGAGUAUCUGGCUGCCUUGUUUGUGUUUCAUUUACAUGUACACUACAGCAGAAAUGUUCUAAGACCAGACAAAUUACGAGCACAGGGUCACAGACUCCAGCUGCCUGAGUUGCACAGGAGUGCAGUGGAUCAAGCCUUACAGAGUAAGAAUGGGCACCUGGAUCUUUUCCUUCGAUUCCUUCUUGGCCUCUCACUGGAUUCCAAUCAGGCUCUCUUAAGAGGAAUACUGACAAAGACAGUCAGCAGCUUACAGAGCAUUGAGGAAACAGUAGAGUACAUUAAAGAGAAAAUCAGAAAAGAAUCUUCAGCAGAGAGGACCAUCAAUCUGUUCCACUGUCUGAAUGAACUGCAUGACAACUCUCUAGUGGAGGAAAUCCAGACUUCCCUGAGAUCAGGAACACUUUCUGAUAAAAAGCUGGAACCAGACCAAUGUUCAGCUCUUGCCUUUCUGUUACUGAUGUCAGAGGAGGUUCUGGAUGUGUUUGACCUGAAGACAUACAAACCAUCAGCACCAGCUCAUCAAAGACUGGUACCAGUGGUCAAGUCAUGCAGGAAGGCCCUACUGGACAAUUGUAAUCUCACAGAGAAGUCAUGUGACAUUGUGGCCUCAGCUCUGCAGUCAGUCCCCUCACACCUGAUAGAGCUGGACCUCAGCUGCAAUAACCUUGGAGAUUCAGGAGUGGACACGCUCUGUGCUGGACUGAAGAGUCCAAACUGUAGACUACAAAAGCUGAAGCUGUCAGGCUGUCGAGUCACAGAGAAAGGCUGUGCUUCUCUGGCUUCAGCUCUGUGUUCAAACCCCUCAAACCUGAGGGAGCUGGAUCUUAGCUACAAUCACCCAGAGAAUGUAGGAGUAGGAGCUCUUGCAGCUGGACUGAAGGACCCCGGCUGUAAAUUGGAGACACUGCUUUUAAAAGAGUGUCAUCUCACAGAGGGCUGCUGUGAAGCUCUGGCCUCAGUACUGCGUAUGUCUCUCUCAGAGCUGAGAGAUCUGGAUCUCAGUGGCAAUGAUCUAAAAGAUUCAGGAGUGAGCUCGCUCUCUGGUGGAUUGGGUGACCCAGAAUGUAAACUGCAGAGACUUGGUCUGUCAGGAUGUCAAGUCACAGAAAGAGGCUGUGCUUCUCUGGCUUCAGCUCUGCGUUCAAACCUCUCCCACCUGAGAGAGCUGGAUCUGAGCUACAAUCACCCAGGAGAAUCAGGAGUGAGAGCGCUCUCUGCAGUGCUGGAGGACCCCACCUGCAAACUGGAGACACUGCAUGUAGACCAUGGAGGAGAGAGCAGGAUCCGACCGGAACCAAGAAAAUUUGCCUGUCAGCUCACACUGGAUCCUCACACAGCAAACAGAAAUUUGUUUCUGUCUGAAGGGGGCAGGACGGUGACAUGGGGAGAAGAGCAGCCAUAUCCUGAUCAUCCGGAGAGAUUUGACUACUGUCCCCAAGUGCUGUGCAGAGAGGGUCUUUCUGGGCAUGCUUAUUGGGAAGCUGAGUGGAGUGGGAAAUGGGUUGAUAUAGGAAUGACAUAUAAAGGAGUCAACAGGAAGGGAAAGGGUGGUAACAGUAAACUGGGGUGGAAUAGCAAAUCCUGGAGUCUGUAUUGUACUGAUGGCCAUUACACUGUAUGUCACAAUAAGAAAAAAAUAUACAUACGUGAGCCCCCCUCCCACAGAAUAGGAGUGUAUCUGGACUGGCCGGUCGGCACUCUGUCCUUCUACAGCGUCUCCUCUGAUAAGCUGACCCAUCUGCAUACGUUCCGCACCAAGUUCACCGAACCCCUCUAUCCUGGGUUUGGGUUGUGUGAUUCCUCAGUGUCCCUGUGUCAACCGGAGUAACGUCAUGUGUCCCCAGGAAAAUGCAAUGGGACAGUCACCUGAAGUCUGGGGAUAUUGUAUUAAAGCAUUCCUGAAGUGACAGUCACUUUGAAAUUCUCCAAAUGUGUAUCUAUUCAUUCAGCAAUCACACUCUGUUUCUCUCUCUCCCUUUCCCUGCUAAAUUACAGUUACAGGCAGAACAAUAAUCAUGUAUCAAAACAAUUUUAUUCAGUAUACACAGCCAUGCAGUCUAAGGGAUGUAAUUUUUUUCCAGUACAUUUGAAUAAUCACCCUCGAUGUAAUGCUUAUGUUAUGACUGAUGCAGUUUAUUCAGAAUUGAAGGACAAUGGGGAAAAUGAUUUGUGGAACGUUGUUUUUUUUAUGGAUGUUCCAUAUUAAUUUGACAAGCUGUAAUGACCUUGUCAAAUAUUAUCUUCAACCAUAGUUAAAUCACCUUUCUCAUAUCUGAACAUUUCAUGAACACUACCAUUAAUAUAUUACCCGUAUUGGUAUCUACUAAAUAGUGUCACUUUGUAAAGUAGUCUGUGAUCAUCCUUACACCCUGAUUAUAGGCAAGGUGUGUAGUACUUCGCCUUCAGUUUCUUCUCAGAAGCAGAAUAUAAAUAAGCUACCUGAUAAUGCAACUAUAUUGUGUUUUAAGUCAAUACAAUCAAUCAGUAAAAGUUCCGUGGGC